CCGGGAAGCGGGAGUGGGACCCGAGCACGUCGGCUCGGCUGGGAGGCCGCGGACAUGUGCAGGAUGUCCUUCAAGAAGGAAACUCCGCUGGCCAACGCCGCCUUCUGGGCAGCACGGAGAGGAAACCUGGCUCUGCUGAAACUGCUGCUGAACAGCGGCCGGGUGGAUGUGGACUGCAGAGACAGUCACGGCACCACCCUCCUCAUGGUCGCCUCCUAUGCUGGCCACAUAGACUGCGUGAAGGAACUGGUUCUGCAAGGAGCAGACAUCAACCUCCAGAGAGAGUCAGGUACAACUGCCCUGUUCUUUGCUGCCCAGCAAGGCCAUAACGAUGUUGUGAGAUUUCUCUUUGGAUUUGGAGCAUCCACUGAAUUCAGGACCAAAGAUGGGGGCACAGCCCUGUUGGCUGCCAGUCAGUACGGGCACAUGCAGGUGGUGGAGACCUUGUUGAAGCAUGGAGCCAAUAUUCAUGACCAACUUUAUGAUGGAGCCACGGCCCUGUUCCUUGCCGCCCAAGGUGGUUACUUGGAUGUGAUCCGAUUAUUGCUGUCUUCCGGAGCUAAAGUCAACCAGCCAAGGCAGGACGGCACUGCACCCCUGUGGAUUGCAUCCCAAAUGGGCCACAGCGAGGUGGUACGUGUGAUGUUGCUACGCGGGGCUGACCGGGAUGCAACACGCAACGAUGGUACAACAGCACUUUUGAAAGCAGCCAACAAAGGGUACAAUGACGUCAUUGAGGAAUUGCUGAAGUUCUCACCUACUCUCGGUAUUUUGAAGAACGGGACAUCGGCACUCCAUGCGGCUGUGCUCAGUGGGAAUAUCAAAACAGUUGCACUGCUCCUGGACGCCGGGGCGGACCCAUCGCUGAGAAACAAGGCCAAUGAACUCCCCGCAGAACUAACCAAAAAUGAACGCAUAUUACAUCUCCUGCGAAGUAAGGAAGGACACAGGAAGAACUAA